AUGCCAUUAUUAAAGAAAAAGGCGUUUACUUUUUUGGAACCGCCUAAGGAUUUGGAGCCUAAUGAGCUUGUAUACCAAGUUCGGUUCACAAAAGAGAUAUUCCGAAAUUAUGACCAAAUGGGUAUUACUAGUAGUUUGUCCUCCUUAGUUUGGAUUAGGGUGUACUUGAACCAGAUAAAGGGUCAAAAGAGAUAUUCCAAGGUUAUGGGUUUCCUUAGUUUGAAUUCUCAAAGGGCUUUUAGGUAUUGGUAUCUUCGAAUUUGGACAUGUAAGGUUAGUGGAAAAGGUAACUUGACUUGUGAAGAGGCAUUGGUGUCUGAAAAACAUGCAACUGAGAAGGUUCCAGAGAUACCCAAAGAACUCAUGCCCCUUGCACUGCGCACCAUUCAAUUUAUAAUUGAUCACUUUGCUGAUGCUUUUACUAUAUUGAUUUCUUUUGGACCCUCAAAUGCUCCAUGUAUGCUUUCAUUGAAAGAUCUUGCAGACACGAUAGCAGCAAUGUUGCAGGAACAUUUGUUUACAGGAGCUGAAUUGCUUGGAAAGAGAAAGAAAGGUGAUCUCUGCACUUGCAAGAUAUUGAAGGUUCUGGAGGAGAGUACUGUUAAAACUAAAUAUGAGGUAGCGUGGCUUGAUAGGAAUAAGAAAGUAACAGAAACUGCAGUAGUGAAUCGAGAUGAUCUGAUGUGGAAGAAAGCUCCUUUCAGUAGGAACAGUUUGAAGCCUUUUAUUCGGAAAUCUACAUACCGAAGUUUUCCUUGGGUGCUUCAUGACAAACUGGCAGAAAAAUAUCGAAUUUCAAGGAAUCCACCUCACGAUUUAAAAGGCAAAGUUCUUGUUGAGGAUGGAAUAGUCUAUAAUAAACGAAAGAAAGAUUCCAAGGACGUAGAAGAAUCUGGAAAACUUAAAAAGAAGAAAGUGGAAGGUGAGGAAGCUGGGAAAGAAGAUAAUCAACAAAAGGAAGAGCCUAUCAAGUAUCCAAUUGAUGAUCUUUUGGUGCAACCUGGAACAGAUGAUCCUGUCUUUACAGUCCGCCCUUUGCCUUCAAGGGAUUUUAAUGUUCCAAUGGCUUGUGUUGGGGAUCUUCUAAUGGUUUGGGAUUUUUGCUCCUCCUUUAGUAGGCUGUUGCACUUGUCGCUGUUCUCUCUUGCAGAUUUUGAAAAUGCCAUUCGCCAUAAGGGAAGUAAUGUGAAUCUAAUUGUCGAAACACAUUCUUCUCUUCUUCGGUUACUAAAAGGUGACAAAGAUGAAUAUUUUUCAGCUGUUCAGAAAAGAAGCCGAGCAUUGAAGAUAACAUUAACUAAUUGGACAGACUAUCUAUGUGAUUUCAUAGAGAUUAUCAACAUUGGUGAUUUUUCCACUCACAUAUCAACAAUUAAGCGGGGGCACUAUGGCCUUUUAGAUGCUGAAGUCAAAUUAGGAAUUUUAAGAGAAUUGGUUAAUCAAGCCCUUGAAACAGAUAUUGUUAGGGAGAAGUUGGCUGAAUAUGUUGAAGAGCGGCAUGUACUCUUAGCAACAAAGAGGGGGAAGCAGUGA